GUCGGGGAGAGGGGAGGGCCGGACUGUCUGCGCCUGGUGUUGGGGAGGAAGAAGCCCCCUUCCCUACUUCCUAACUGACUAUGGAUUUCACUUUUCUGUUUGGCCCUGGGUGGCACAGAGUGGGAAGGGCACAUAGCAGUCCUGGUACUGGACCCCUGGCUCCUCCCCGCACCGCUCUAGGUUGUGACUGCACUUUGUUUUGGUUCCGCAGGGAAGGGGCCGGAGAUGUGAGGAAGAUUUAAGAGAAUGGCUGCUGUGUACUUUUGCCGAGGCUUGAGCCUCUAGCUCUGUGUCUAGGUAUGAAAUGCGAUUGGAUUUAAGUGACUACUGUCUGCCAUUCACCGAGCUAGGCGCUGAGGAUGCAAAGAAUGAAACAAUUCCUCCUUUAAAGCGCUUACAAAAAACAAGUUGGCACCAAGGAACGGCUGACCCUCCAUCCUGGAAAGAACACUUCCUCCUCAAAAUAUUGAUGGAGCUAGCAGAAAGUUGUAGAUACUUUAGGACAAGCUGAAGCUCUCCAGAGAAGUUCUGCCGCCCCAUGGAGAGGGAUGAGAAAUGUACACCCAAGAGUUUUUCCAGGCUCAGCGGAGCCAGUUGGUGGGGCGGCUGGCCUUAAGGUCGUUGGAGAACUUUGAAAGUGUCUUGGACUAUCUGCUCUCUUGGGAAGUGCUUACUUGGGAGGAUUAUGAGAGUGUGAGCCUCCCUGGGCAGCCCUUGUCCACUUUGGCUCGACGUCUCCUGGAUAUUGUCUGGAAUAAAGGCGGGCAAAGCUGUGAGCUGCUCUUUGCUGCGGUGCAGAAGGCUGAGGGAGCAGAUGAACAAACAGAACCACUGAGGAAGUGGAGUCAGAAUGAAUCCUGUUCAGUGCAGGACCUGCAGAAACACAGGCCGACGAUUGUCAGGAAAAUCUAUGGCCACGUGGAAAGCAUUUUAAACCUCUUACUUGAACGCGGUUUCCUCACCAAGUACGAAUGUGACGAAAUCAGGCUGCCCAUAUUUACGUCAUCCCAGAGGGCAAGAAGGCUUCUUGACUUUGCAAAAGUAAAAGAUAACGGAGUGGCCCAGUUUCUCCUCCAGCACAUCCUCCAGUUGCCUGUCCUGCCAGUCCCACUCCCUGAUGUUACUGCAUGUAAGAAGUACACCGCCAAGCUGAAGGCCACAGUGUCUGCCCAGUCUCGUUUCCUUAGCACAUAUGAUGGGACCGAGAAUCUGUGCUUAGAGAACAUAUACACAGAAAAUAUCCUAGAAAUUCGGAAGAAUCUCAGCUUGGGUGUACCCAGCCAAAAGGGCCAUGACACCCUGGAGCUGGCUGAGAUCUUCAACCAUAAGGGGUGCAUCAAUGAAGACGCUGACACUGUGCUGCUGGUAGGAGAGGCAGGCAGCGGGAAGAGCACCCUCCUGCAGCAGCUCCAUCGCCUGUGGGCCACGGGCCAGCAGUUUCAGGAUUUCCUCUUUGUUUUCCCAUUCAGUUGCCGGCAGUUGCAGUCCAUGGACAAGCCGGUCUCAGUGCAGAGCCUGCUGUUUGAGCAGUGCUGCUGGCCCAACGAGGGCCAACAAGAGGUCUUCUGGUACCUCCUCGAUCAUCCCGAUCGGGUCCUGCUCACUUUCGAUGGCUUUGAUGAAUUCAAGUUCAGGUUUACGGAGAGAGAGACCCACUGUUCCCCCACCGACCCUACCUCUGCCCAGAAUCUGCUCUUCAACCUUCUGCGGGGCAAUCUGAUGAAAAACACCAAGAAGGUACUGACGAGCCGGCCCCACGCCAUCUGCCCUUCCCUCAGGAAGUACGUCCGCAAGGAACUCAGCCUGAUGGGCUUCUCCCAGGACGGGAUAGAGCUGUUCAUGAGGAAGCAUCACAGCGACGCUGGGGUAGCUGACCGGCUGGUGCAGCUGGUGAAAGCGACCUCCGCCCUGCACGGGCUGUGCCACGUGCCUGUCUUCUCGUGGAUUGUGUCCCGGUGUCACAAGGAGCUCCUGCUGCAUGGCUCUGGCUUCCUGAAGACUACCACAGACAUGUAUCUGCUGGUCCUGCGGCAUUUCAUAUCUCACGCCUCCCCUGAGGACGUGGCAUGGGGCCUUGGGGCCAGCACCCUCCGGCCUCGUCUGCCCACCAUCCUGCGCUUGGGCAGACUGGCUCUGUGGGGGCUGGGGACGUGCAGCUACGUGUUCUCUGCAGAGCAGCUUCGGGCCUCUGGGGUGGACGAGGAGGACCUUUCUCUGGGCUUCCUGGUGCCAUCUAAAAGCUUCCCUCCGGAGAGCUCGGCUCCGGUGGAAUUCUUGCACAUUACUCUGCAAUGCUUUUUUGCGGCUUUCUAUCUGCUGCUUGGUGCUGAUGUCAACCCCUCCGCGAUCAGAUGCGUGUUCGGUGGGCACAAGAAGCCCCAUCAGCCCCUGCCUCGGCUGUUCCCCAUGGCCUGUUUCCAAUCCCCUGAGCCAGAGGAGGAGAGCGUCCUAACUCUCUUGCAGAGAGCCGAAACCCACAAUGUCCGGAUUACCGCCGUUUUCCUGGCAGGCCUGCUGUCCCAGGAGCACUGGCGCCUGGUAACCGAAUGCCGGGGAACUUCCACCCCACUCCUCCAGAAAAAGAGCCGUGUCAGGCGGUGCCUGGCCCGAGGCCUCAGGAGGCACUUCCGGUCCAUCCCCCGGGCUGUGCCCGGAGAAGUCAAGAGUAUGCAUGCCAUGCCGGAGUUCGUCUGGUUGAUCAGGAGUCUCUACGAGAUGCAGGACGAGCAUCUGGCCCGGAAAGCCGUGAGCAAGCUGGAGGUGGGACACCUGAAGGUGACCUAUUGCAAUAUCGGUCCUGCGGAAUGUGCUGCCCUGGCUUUUGUGCUAAAGAACCUCCAGCAGCCUGUGGCCCUCCAGCUGGAUUAUAAUUCAGUGGGAGACAUCGGUGUGGAGCAGCUCUUGCCAUGCCUGAGUGUCUGCCGCGCGCUCUACUUGAGAGAUAACAACAUUUCUGACCAGGGAAUCUGCAGGCUGGUUGACCAAGCUCUACAGUGUGACCAGUUUCAGAAGCUCGCGUUGUUCAAUAACAAGUUGACAGAUGAUUGUGCUCACUCUUUGGCCAGCCUUCUCAAGUACAAGCAGAACUUCUUGGCAUUGAGGUUGGGGAACAAUCACAUUACUGCAGUAGGAGCCAAGGUGUUGGCUGAAGGCCUGAAGGACAAUGAUUCUCUUCAGUUUUUGGGUCUCUGGGGCAACACAGUGGGAGACGAGGGAGCCCAGGCACUUGCAUGUGCCCUCCAUGACCACCACAGCUUGAAGUGGCUCAGCUUGGUGGGAAACAACAUUGGCAGUGUGGGCACCCAGGCCUUGGCUCUAAUGCUGGAGAAAAAUGUAUCACUGGAGGAACUCUGCCUUGAAGAGAACCAUCUCCAAGAUGAAGACAUGUGUACCUUGGUGGAUGGACUCAAGAAAAAUUCAAGUUUGGAAGUCCUUAAGCUUUCCAACAACCGCAUUACCCACCGAGGUGUUUCUGCCCUCCUUCAGGUUCUGGAGAGUAAUGCUACUAUCAGAUCAAUCUGGCUCAGAGGAAAUACCUUCACUCCAGAGGAAAUUGAGCAGCUGAGCCUCAUGGACUCCAGACUUUUGUUCUGAUCAUCACGAGUCAAUUUGUUUCAGGAGUUUUGACUUUGUAUUCUAGAAAAUUUGGUUUGAUAUAGAAACAUAACACUCAGAUUGAAUUCUGUUCUUCUCAUUACCUGUUAGCCCUUGGAUGUUGUCAGACACCUGAACACUUUCAGAUUGGAGCAGUAUUUGACACUGGAGGAUCUUUCUCCAGAGUUUAUUUCCAUGAAGCUCUUCCCAGUUCCACCCUUGGAACAAAGUGACUAUAAGCUGAGAUUUGAAUGACAUAAUCUAAUGAAUCCCUCUAGAGGUUGAUGACAUCUCUUGAGUAGAUGAAUGAUACAUGGUCUUACCCUUCUGAAGCAGAGGGGAGUACGUUUUGUUAACUUUGAGUGUCUGCUAUUGUACAAAGUAGUGUUCCACCCAUGAAAAUACUGCUUAUUCAUAGAGGGGAGGGUUGGGAGAUGGUGACGAAGCUGAAGGAAGGAAAAGUUCAGGAAGAAUAAAUGUCCCCUUUCCCCUGGUAUCUCUUUCUCUUGGGCCUCCAGUACUAUCUUGGAUUGUUGCCCUGAAUCCAUGCUCCUAUCACGAAUCCCAAUCAAUCCACAAGCCAAGAUUAAAUGGGUGCUAUGUACCAGGUACUGUCCUAGGUCCUGAAGACAAAUACAAAUGUGUUAGGCCUUGUACCCAAGGAACUUACAUUCUAUAUACACAACACAUACUACGUGGUUUUGGUGAUUCUUCAUAUGCUGAUUGGGUCAGGAUAUUUCUUCUCUCAGAUCUUUAAUUCUUUAUACAUAUAUAUGUAUACAUACACAUACAAUAAAUACACAUACCCACUAGGUCAGGGCUAGGAUCUACCUCUCCCUUUGGUCUUUAUGAUACUUUUGGGAAGAGCAGCUUGACAGUGAAUGCUAAUUUCCUCUCCAGUUCCAAAAUUGUAAGAAAACUAAGAAUUUUGAGGUCAUCCUUCAAUAAAAUGGCUACAAGUUAAGAUGUAAGGGACAAAACUAUGUGAAAUAAACUACAUGUGAACAUUUCUUUUAAAUCAUGUAAAAUAUCCAUAAAUAGAUGGAGUCUUGGAAACUAAGCCUCAUCACACUGCAGCAUUUUAAAGUCACUUAGGGACUGAAUUUUGAGAAGUGUCAGAUGGUCUUCUAAUUUGAUCCCUUUAGAUUUUUCUUUUUUAUUUUAAACAAGCUCUGCUGAGAUAUCUUUUGGAUAGGAAUUUUGAAGCAGACCUCUGGCGGUUCAUUUGCUAACAGUGGCAUAUUUAUAUUUGUAAAGUUGCAUAAGAAAAACUUGCUGGAAGGAUCUGUGAUUUCAGCAUGGGGAGUUCCUGGGGUAAGAACUCUAACCAAGCCUUGAUCCUGUGGAAUUGUUUGAAACAGAGAGGUAAAAUGACUUAUUCAGGCUUCUAGAGCUAGGAAACAUCAGGAGUGGGAUCUGAACCUGGAACUUCCUGACUUCAAACCCAGUAUUCUAUCACUAUGCCAGGUUGACUGCAUGGAGAACAUACUGGUCAGCCAACAAACACAUUAUUCAGGGUCUGCUGAGGUGUAGGCACUAUGCAAGGCAUUGGGGAUACAUAGGCAAAAAUGAAUGGGCCCUACUCAAGAACAUUAUAUUCUAUCAAGUGCAAAAAAGGUCCUGGUUAUUUAAAAAAAACCUACUACCAUAACUCUAUGUUUUUCUGGAACUACAAACCUAGAGAAAGCAAUGAUUGUAGGAGGGGCUAGGUUGUUAAUAUUUAUAAAGCACUUUGUAUAUUCUCAAAGUUGGUAUUUUUAUAGAAAAUGUUACUGUAAACUUAUUAUGUAAAUAUUAAGCUAUAGGUAUACAUAACAUUAAACUAUUUUGUCA